AUGGGAAGCUUCGGGUUGAAGGGCCUCGUGGUGGCGCUCCUCUUGCUCUUCCUCUUGAUGGGCAGCAGCUUCGGGCCAUGCAAUGCCAGGCGAGGCAAGCACUGGAGAGUCAGCAGGAUCUCCUCCUCCUUCCUGGCAAGGAAGAGGGGCAGAGGGAAGAGCCAUCACCAUGGCGGCAGCGGGUCUGGCUCGAGCAAGAAGCCCAAGGCGGCGCCGCCACUCCUCCCUCCCAGCCCCUCGCUGGCGCCGAGUCCCGGCCCCUCGCCGGCGCCGAGUCCCGGCCCCUCUCCGGCGGCGAAGCCAUCCCCUGCUCCGACGGCCAAGCCAUCCCCUGCCCCGUCGCCGGCAAGCCGCUCCGGCGGGCACAACGUGUUCGACGUUCUGGACUUCGGCGCUAAGGGCGACGGUGUCGCAGAGGACACUAAGGUGGCUCUCGUCUCCCCUCUGCUUCAUCCUCUCUCUCUCUCUCUCGCUGUCUUCCUCUUCCAUCAUAGGCUGGUAUCUGGAGAGAGAAUGAGAGACCUGUCGCAGUUUCCUCCUCCGGGUAUCUCGGCAACUGCAUUCUGCGAUGCGAGAGCGGCAAUGUAGGUUCCUCGGACGUGACCCCGAGCAGGAUUUCGCGCUCUUCCUCCUCACUCUGUUUUCAGAUAUUCUUUCCUCUUUUUCUAUCCCUGUAUAGCUAUCGAGGGAGAGAGAGAGAGAGAGGGAGCCUACCAUUGCCGCCUCGGAGAGUCUUGGUGGGCAAUGCGGGUGGCUCUGUUCCGGCCGCCGGAGGAGCCUCUGCACCCUGAGACAGGCGGAGAGACGUGGAGGGCAAAAUGGUCAUUCCCAUGUAAAAAGGCCAUGUUCCUGUCCGUGGUUUUUAUGGCCAGGAGUUUCGGAAGGUGGCGAGGAUGAGGCGGAUUAUUUAAUCUCCCAGUAAAUCGAGACGACGACGGAGAAAAAUUCGAAUUUUGGUGGGAAUAUCUGGUGAGCUCCGGCGGAAAGCUGAGCGGGUUUUCUUCAUCCGCAGGCUUUCAUGGCGGCGUGGGCCGCCGCCUGCAAGGUGGAGGGAUCAACUGUCUUGGUGCCGUCCGACUACGAGUUCCUGCUCGGCCCCAUCUCCUUCUCCGGCCCCUACUGCCAGCCCAACAUCGUCUUCCAGGUAACCUUCGACCUCGAAGGAUCUCCUGAGGGGGAAGGAAGGAAGGCUUUCGCCGCAGUCUAACCACGUCGAUCUUCUUCUUCGUGGUCGUCUUCUGCUGCAGUUGGACGGCACCGUCGUCGCGCCGACGAGCUCCAAGGCGUGGGGCACCGGCCUGCUCCAGUGGCUGGAGUUCACCAAGCUGAAGGGCAUCACCAUCAAAGGGAAGGGCGUCAUCGAGGGCCACGGCGCCGUCUGGUGGAGCCAAUCCCAAUUCGAAUAUGAACCUGUAAGCCCCCCAGCUCUCCUUCCUUCUUCCAAGCUCCAUCGCCGGCGCUGGCCAUUCCCUAACGACGACCGUUUUCCUUCCCCUCCGCUGUUUACAGAUUGCCGGUUCACUGUUCGGGACAUUGCCGCACAUAAAACCGACGGUAAGCUGCGUUUCCUUCUUCCUCCUCCCCGGCGAAUUCAGCCGAGUUCCUGAUGGGGAAGCUCGUGUGGCUCAGGCGCUGAGGUUCUACGGCAGCGUGGGCGUGACGGUGACCGGGAUCACUAUCCAGAACAGCCCGCAGUGCCACCUCAAGUUCGACAACUGCGCCGGCGUGGAGGUCUUCAACAUGUCCAUCUCCUCCCCCGGCAACAGCAUCAACACUGACGGCAUCCACCUGCAGAACUCCCGGGACGUCUCCAUCCACCACACCGACCUCAGCUGCGGUAACUCCCCUCCCCUAGAGGUAGAAAGAGAGAGGAAGAAAAUCAGAGAGAGAGAGAGAUGGGGUUGCAGCUCGUCCGCAGUGAGUAGGACAAGGGAGGCUCACAUGCGGGCGCUGUGAAUGCAGGAGACGACUGCGUGUCCAUACAAACGGGGUGCUCGAACGUGAACAUUCACAGCGUGAACUGCGGGCCCGGACACGGGAUCAGCAUCGGAGGGCUCGGAAGGGAUGACACCAAGGCCUGCGUCUCCAACAUAACCGUCCAGAACGUUGCCAUGCAGGGCACCAUGACCGGCGUCAGGAUCAAGACCUGGCAGGUGAUCCCUCUCCAAUCUCUCUCUCUCUCUCUCUCUCGCUCUACCUACUGGAAGUGGUCGUUGGCAAUGGUUGUGGUGUUGAUGGCUGGGGGGUUGAUGGACGGAGCAGGGAGGGUCGGGGUCGGUGCAGAACGUGAAGUUCUCGGGGAUAAGGAUGAUGGAGGUGCAGACGCCGAUUGUGAUCGACCAGUACUACUGCGACCGGACGACGUGCAGGAACCAGACGGCGGCAGUGGCGCUCUCCGGCAUCUCCUACGAGAACAUCAAGGGGACCUACACGGUGAAGCCGGUGCACUUCGCCUGCAGCGACAGCCUUCCCUGCUCGGACAUUCGCCUCACCAACAUCGAGCUCCGCCCCCUACAAGAGCGCUACCACAUGUACAACCCCUUCUGCUGGCAGACCUUCGGAGAGCUUCUCACCCCCGCAGUGCCCCCCAUCGACUGCCUCCAGACGGGGAAGCCGAUCACCAGCCGCCCCAUGUCCGAGCUCGAAUCCUGCUGA